UCCUACAGAUCAUCCCAUUGCAUAAGAAUCAUGGGUCACAACAGUGCUAGUGCUUCCAUCCAACUUGUCUCACUACUUAUACUGUCAGGAAUUUUAUCCCUUGAAACCAUUAAACUCGGUUUCUGCAAUGAUGAUCAUAAUGUGAGAUGCAUAGAUAUAGAGAGGAAAGCCCUUCUCAAGCUCAAACAAGGCCUCAUGGAUCCUUCCGGACAGCUUUCGUCUUGGGUGGGAGAAGAUUGCUGCAAAUGGAGUGGUGUAGGCUGCAACAACAUAACUGGACGUGUCAAUAGGCUCGAUCUUGGCAAUCGUGAUGGGUACGAAGAGAAUGCAUUUGAUGGUGAGAUCAACCCUUCUUUGCUUGUUUUGAAAGAUUUGGAAUACUUGGAUUUGAGCAUAAUCAAUAACUUUGGAGGUGUCCAAUUUCCAAGUUUCAUUGGAUCACUAGAGAAACUGAAAUACCUCAAUCUCUCUGGUUUAGAUUUUGUUGGAGUCAUUCCCCCCAAUCUUGGAAACCUCUCAAGGUUGCUUUAUCUUGAUCUUGGUAAUCACAUUCCCCCCAAUAUUAAGGUUGAUGAAAAUCUUGAAACUGACCUUCAAUGGCUUGCAACUCUUUCUUCCUUAAAGUACCUUAACUUGGGAGGAGUGAACCUUACCAAGGCUACAUCCUAUUGGCUUCCCACUGUUAAUAUGCUCCCUUCACUAGUUGAAUUGCAUUUGCAAUCUUGUAGUCUUCCCAUGCUUCCUCUCACUCUUCCUUCCAUCAAUUUCACAUCCCUUUCAGUUCUUGAUCUCUCUGGCAAUGAAUUCACCACCACGAUACCUCCUUGGUUGUUCAAUCUCACUAAACUAGAGAUGUUGGAUUUGUCAUAUAACAGUCUCAUGACAGGAAAACUGCCUGAUUCUUUGGGAUAUCUUAAAAGCUUGAGAUACCUCCACUUGUUGUAUAACUCAUUUCAGGGUUCAAUCCCAAAAUCGAUUGGAAACUUGACAUCUUUGGAGGAGUUUUACCUCAGAGGGAAUCAAAUGAGUGGGAUCAUCCCAGAAAGUCUUUGGGAGCUCUCAUCGAUGGUUUCACUAGAUAUCUCUAGAAACACAUGGGAAGGUGCCAUUACAGAAGCUCAUUUCGUGAAACUUGGAGGCCUGAGAGAAGUAUCAAUUGGAAAUGAUCCCCCAAACAUUUCCUUGGUUUUCAACAUAAGUUCUGAUUGGAUACCUCCUUUCAAAUUAAGAUACUUGGAAAUUAUAUCAUGCCAACUGGGUCCCAAAUUUCCUACAUGGCUUAGAAAUCAGACUGAGUUGACCACGGUGGUACUCCAUAAUGCUAGGAUUUCAGGCACCAUACCAGAUUGGUUUUGGCAGUUGGAUUUGCAAUUUGAUAUUCUAGAUGUCGCUGAUAAUCAACUAAGCGGCAGGGUGCCCAAUUCAUUAAGAUUCAAUCAUGCUUCCACUAUUGAUUUGACUUCAAAUCGCUUUGAAGGCCUACUCCCACUUUGGUCCUCAAACAUUUCCUACCUGUAUCUUAGAGAUAAUCAAUUUUCAGGGCCAAUUCCUCAUAACAUUGGUCAAGUGAUGCCCAAUUUGCAAUAUCUAGACAUUUCUACGAACUCUUUGAGUGGAAGCAUUCCCCUGUUCUUGGGUACUUUAAGCCAAUUACAAGUCAUAUUGAUCUCAAAUAACCUCUUGUCUGGUGAGAUUCCUCAUUUUUGGAACAAUAUGCCAUCAUUGCAAAUGAUCGACUUGUCAAACAACAAUCUCUCUGGUGAGAUUCCUCAUUUUUGGAACAAUAUGCCAUUAUUGAUUUCUAUAGACUUGUCAAACAACAGUCUCUCUGGUACAAUCCCAAGAUCUUUAUGCUCUCUUACUUCACUCCAAUUAUUGGGCCUCUCUAGCAACAACUUUUCAGGUGAAUUUCCUUCCUUGAAAAACUGCACUAACAUGAAUAUUCUUGAUCUUGGUGAUAACAAGUUUUCUGGACCGAUUCUGGCUUCCAUUGGAGAAAGCAUGCCCAAUUUACAUAUUCUAAGCUUGAGGUCCAACUCAUUUACGGGAAGCAUUCCUUUAAAAUUAUGUGGCCUUUCCGCUCUCCAUAUAUUGGACUUCUCACACAACAAUCUUUCCGGAAAUAUUCCCCACUGCAUAGGUAAUUUGAGUUACUUGAAAUCUGAGUCCACUGAUGAAGUUAACUAUGGUUACGAGGGAAGAUUUGAGUUAGUGUCAAAAGGAAGAGAGUUUGUAUAUGAUUAUUUCUCCAUCCUUUACCUUGUUACAAGCAUUGAUCUAUCGGACAAUAAAUUGUCAGGAGAGAUACCUAUGGGGCUAACAAGCCUUAUAAAGUUGGACACCUUAAAUUUGUCCAUGAAUCAUUUGACAGGAAAUAUCCCAACAAAUAUUGGAAACUUGGAGUUGAUAGAAACUCUUGAUCUAUCAAUGAACAAACUUUCAGGUAAGCAGUUUCAGACCUUUAUUGACCCGUCAAUUUAUGAGGGCAACCCCGGUCUUAGCGGUUGUCCAUUACCAACUGGUUGCCAAUACAAUGAAGGAGCACCUCAAGUUCUAAGUGGAGAUGGAGGAGAGGAUGAUGACAGCAAACGUGAAAAGCUACAGUUCGUCAUCGGCAUGGUGAUAGGUUUUUGUGCAGGGUUCUGGGGAGUUUUUGGGACUUUGGCCAUGAAGAGGUCUUGGAGAUAUGCGUAUUUUCACUUCCUUGACAAAGUGAAAGAUGCUGUCCUUUAUUUUGUCUUAGCCAUUGGUACUUAUCUGCAGAAAAGAUCAUAGAGCACAAAACAAGCUGCAAAUGUGAAGGCAUAUAUGUAUGCAAGCAAAUAAAGCAAUGUUUAGUAUUGUCCUUUACAAAUUUCUAAGUUGGUUGUAAUAUGCAUUUAUACGUGUAUGUGU